AUGCGACAGUCCCCGUCCUACUCCCCGCGCCAUCGUAGUAAGCGCAUCGCCUGCCGACAAUGUCGCCAGGCCAAGCUCCGAUGUGAAGUGUCAACCGGUGGAGCCAUCCCCUGCUCGCGAUGUCGACGCUUAGGCUACGACUGCCAGCUGGAUACCGCCUUCCAACGGGUCAAUCGGCGCGAGAGGCUGGAAGAACUCGAGAAGGAAGUCCAGCAUCUCCGCUCCUCCGUGUCCACCUUGCCCGCCACGCCGCAGCAACCACUGCCAAGCAUCCCGACGCCCAGCGAGUCGUAUAGCACCGACACCUCCCUGGUGGAGAACGACUCGUCCGGGGCCCCAGGGGGCCUCCUGGUCCCGGCCCUGCCCCCACUGCCCGUGGCACAAACGCCCGUCCAUCCCUUGCCGCCGCCGCCGCAGCGCCCUCCGCCCCCACCGUGGCUGCCCGGAGUCUCGUCGACCGGUUCCCGGUCCUUAGAGUUCCUACACCUCCGGGGGGAUCAAAUCAACAUACUCUUCACCAUUUUCUUCCACCGCUACCAUCCCUAUGUGCCCGUGUUGGAUCCCGCCAUCGCCCCGGACCAGUACUAUGCGCGGUCGGCGCUCUUGUUCUGGACCAUUAUCCUCGUGGCCUCGCGCCGCUACACCGACGAACCGGGACUGUAUGUCACCCUGACGGCCCCGGUCAAGAAGCUCCUCUGGGACACCAUCGCCAAUCCCCCGCACACCUGGCAUGUCGUGCAGUCCAUCCUGCUCGUGUCCCUGUGGCCCUUUCCCACCUCAUCCCUCUCCUCCGACAUCACUUCCAUUCUCGUCUCCACCGCGCAGACCAUCGCCGUCCGAAUGGGUCUGCACCGGCCCGAAGCCAUUCAAGAUUUCUCCCGAACGAAGCGACGCUUGAAUGGGGAGGAGAUGGCCGAAGUCGCUCGGACCUGGGCCACCUGCUAUAUCGCCGCCCAAACCAUCACGACCAUAGACGGCCAGCUCGGGGUCACAUCCGACUGGAUGAUCGACCGUCUGUGCGACCGUGAAGGCACCGGCAUGAUCCCCACCUCCCUCAAGCAGCAACUGCUCAUCUCGCGCUUCUCGGCCCGCAUCGGCCAGUUCAUGUCCGGCCAUCCCCAGGGACCGACCGGCCUGCCGCGUCCCGGCGAGGUCAUGUCCUUGCUAGCCCUACUCGAACGAGAAUACGCAGAACUAGUGUCCAGCCUCACUGGCCAAAUCUCCGAAGAGCACAAGAUUCUCCUGAACGGCAUCGGUCUUCAACUCUACGUCUUCUACCUCCUCGAAGACACCGACUCCGACACCCGUAAACGCGGCCUCCUCCGCGCCUACAGCAUCGCCAUCGAAUCCAUCACCAUCAUCAACCACCUCGAAGCCCUCACCGAGACCAUGGCCUUUGGGCCGGUCUCCUACUUCCGCGUCAUUUCCAUUGCCGCCAUGUUCAUCCUCAAACUGAGCUACUCCAACCUCGGGCCGUUUCUCGAUCUCGAAACGGGGAAACGCGCCUUCAACUCGGCCAUUAUGCUCACGCGCCGCAUCUCCAUCGAAGACAAUGAUCUCCCGGGGAGGACCUCCAAGAUCCUCACCCAGCUGUGGAGUGCCCAGGCCCGUGGGGGACAGAGAGAUAAGGGACCGGGUCUACGACUGAAAACCCGAUUGGCAGCGAGCUUGCUGCAUGAUUCCAUCUGGGCGUGGCGGGAGCAGUUUGGGGGCCAGAUGAGUGGCACGACGACGCCGUCGGGUGCCGUCCCGCACGAGGGAAGUGGGGUGGAUGGCUUGACGCUGGAGGAUGUGGUUGAUGCGGAACUACUGGCCUUGUUGCCGUUUAGCUUUGAGGGGGAUGAGAUGCUCACUGCGCCGGGGGGAUGCUAA